AUGGAUACUGUGACGAGGAUGGUGGCUGACAAGCCAGUGGUGAUCUUCAGCAAGAGCUCUUGCUGCAUGAGCCACUCUGUGAGGUCACUCAUAUGUGGGUUUGGGGCAAACCCUACAGUUUAUGAGCUCGAUCAGGCGCCCAAUGGACGGCAAAUCGAACGGGAGCUGCAGCAGCUGGGAUGUCAACCGAGCGUGCCGGCCGUGUUUAUAGGGCAAGAGUUCAUUGGUGGCAGCAAAGAGGUCAACAGCCUCCAUCUUAGGAAUGAGCUUGUCCCUCUGCUCAUAAGGGCCAAAGCUAUAUGGAUUUGGAACCAACAAUAA